ACACACCUGUGAAGCAAUCGUUGAGGAAAAGGGCGAAUCAUCUUCCAGUCCUGGAGUCAGAACAGGACAUGCCUAUAAAUGCCAAGCCUUCCCCACUCACUCCAUUGCUCUCUGUGAAGCAGCCAGCUUUCCUCCAACCUUCUCUGUGACUGAGACAUCAAGAUCAGCUGUCAAGAUGGAAAAUUGUUCAAUGCAAAAUGCCCUGAAGAUCAUCGUUGAUACCUUCCACCAUUAUUCUGCCCGGGUUGGAAAUCCAGAUGCCCUGAACAAGAGGGAAAUGAGGCAGCUGUUGAACAAGGAGAUGCCACAUUUCGUCAAGAACGCCAAGGAUCUGCAGGAUGUCCCAAAUCUCUUUAGGGAGCUGGACACCAAUCAAGAUGAAGAUAUUGACUUCAAGGAGUUCGCUGUGAUGGUAGCACGUUUGACCAUGGCCACCCAUGAAAAGAUGCAUGAGAACGCAUGUGACAAGGACCAUCACAGCCACGGGCCUGGCCUUGAGGGGCCUCCAAAGGGCCAAGGGUGUCCUAAGUAAAGCAGUGGGCAGUGACACUGAUGGUGGAGAGGCACGAUCUCCCUCCCCUUCACACCCACCUUUUCUUCUACCCAUAUACCCAACCCACCCCCAAUGAAGUGUUUUGACUCCAAAGAGCCAAAAGAAGGAGGGCAAAAAAUAAUAGGGAAAGGGAGUACAGGUAUUCUGAUGACCUGAUUGGGGACAAUAAAGUUUUACUUUGAGUCA